AUGGACGCAAUCUCCCAUGGCCUGGGCCGAUCAGAGGACGAAAGCUCGGUGUCGAACUUAAUGCGCGCUGGAAAGGACGUCUACGCAGCGAACCUCUUAUUCCUGGCUGGGCACGGCGCGGCCAAGAUAUCCAUAUGUCUGCUUCUCAAACAACUGGGCCGGCAAAGGGGCUAUUUGCUCUGCUCCAAGAUCCUUCUGUGCAUAGUGACGGCGUGGAUGCCUGCUUCGAUUCUCGCGGUUGCCCUUAGUUGCUUCCCACAGUACCAAUUUUCCAUGGCCCAGAAUUGUAGUAAUAUUGGCAUUUCCUGGAAAGCGAUCUCUGCGUUUGAUGUGAUUACGGAUAUCCUUACCUUUGGCCUGUGUAUAUUACUGGUUUGGGGGGUUCAGAUGCAGUGGAAGCAAAAAUGGGCGGUAAUAUUGGCUUUUGGGACAAGAGCUCCGGUUGUUAUCCUAAUUAUCCUCCGCCAAACCUAUCUUAACCGCUCGCUUUUCCUUCCCGACGCGCCUCUGCAUCAAUCGGAUGCAAUGAUCGUGACCGCCAUUCUCCUUCACUGCAGUAUUAUGGUAUCCACCGUGCCAUGUCUGAAGCCAUUUGUUAUUUCAUUCAACACAGGAUUUGGACAGGGCGUCACAAAUGGCAACGGCCAAAAUUCAUAUUUCACACCUACUGGGAAGAGCGCAUCGGCCAACCAAUCCCACAUCUAUUCAGUAAACCGAGAAGAAGGGGAAGAAAUUGAUCUGACUACUUUCCGGCAGUCACAGGAUAGCCAGCACUCGCAACGUCUGAUUAUUCACCAGAUGCAGGAGUGGAAGGUGGAGGAGGAAUAUGAGAUGGACUCUAUACGAGAUAGAAGUUGA